AUGAAUUUUAAUGCUUACAGACUUUCUCAAAAGGGAUACUCAGUAUUAAUUAUUGAAGGUGGUGGUAAAUCGAUUGGAGUAUUAGGUGGUGUUGAUUAUGUAGGAACCAAAGGUACAAUUGACCCAAAUACAAAUAAACCAUUAACAAAAUAUGAUGUUCCAUUUUAUUUUCAAUCUGCUGAUAUAACAGGUAAUAGAUGGGAUAUAGAGGGUACAAAUGUUGCCAAAAUGAUUGGCGGUUCUGGUUUGCAUAAUGCAAUGGUAUACCAAAGAGGUAUUGAAAGCGAUUAUAAUUGGGGCUUAACUGGUUGGAACUAUCAAGAUAUGCUACCAUAUUUUUUAAAAGUUGAAACUAUUUUAGACGCAGAUUUACAAACUAGUAACAACCAUGGUCAUACUGGAUUUAUAAAAGUUAAAAGUAUUCCAUUUGAUAAAGAAGGUAAUGAUUAUAUAAAAUCUUGCAACGCCAGUGGUUUACCAUUUAAUGGUGAUUUUCAAACAGGGCCAAGAGCCGGCUGUGGUUAUUUCCAUCUAAAUAUUGACGAAAACGGAGAGAGAUGCUCAACUGCCCAUCAAUAUCUUGUAAAAGCUCUUCAAAACCCAAGAGUUAAACUAUUAGACUCUGCUACUGUUGUAAGAAUUAAAUGGAUUUUCAAUAUUAUAACUGGUAAAAGUGAAGCUAUUGGAAUAGAAUACUUUACAAAUGACCAACCUAAUACAAUUAAAACCUUAUUCUGUAACAAAGAGGUUAUUCUAGCUGCCGGUACUUUAAAUACUCCAAAGAUCUUGAUGCACUCUGGCAUUGGUGAUGCUAAUUUACUUGCACAAACUAAAUACAGUAACUUUAUUACCCCAGUCAAGCAUUUACCUGGUGUUGGAAAAAACCUACAAAACCAUUUCAUUGUCUUUAACGUUUGGAGCUACAGCGAUGCCGGAUCAAGACCAGACUACUAUAAUACCUUUAAUAUUAAUUUAGAGUACUCUACAUUAGGAACUGGUAUAUUAGCGACACCAGGUUUCUCUGUAGGUGCAUGGUUAAAACCAAAUGCCUCUGCUGUCAAUGCCGAUUCUAUUAUGACUAUUUUCCCAGGCGCUCUAGGUUCUACAUUACCAGGUAUGAUGACAUUUGCAAUAAGUCUAUGUGAACCAACCCCAAAUUCAAAUAAUUUCUUAACUCUUAAUGACAAUACCAGUGGAAAUGCUGCCCAAUUCUACAGCAGAGGUGCUAAAGUUUCAUUCACACCAACUCUCGAAAAUAAAGAUGUUAAAAAACUCGUUGCUAGUCUUAAGGAAUCAAGACGUAUCAUGGCAUUCCCACCAAUGUCAAAUCUUGCAACACCAGUUCAACCAGGACCACAAAUAGAUACUGACCAAGAAAUUGAAGACUAUGUUUCACAAAAUAUUGUUCCACACGAUCAUUGGGUUGGCACUUGUAAAAUUGGGGAUCCUGCUUCUGAUCCAAAUGCUGUUGUUGACGUUAAUCUUCGAGUAAUCGGUGUAAACAAAGUUAGAGUAGUUGAUGCAUCACUAUUCCCAAUUAUUCCACACGGUCUCGUACAAGCAUCUGUAAUGGCUCUUGCUGAAAAAGCUGCAGCUACAAUCUUGAAAGAUUAUUAA